AUGAUCAUCAUAUGUCGUCUUUCCGAUCGACUUCGUUGUCAUGGUUUGUUUGUUGCUGGUACGAUGUUACUUUCUUGUGUAGGAUGGAUUAUUCUCCUCACUGUCACUACGAAUCAACAUGCACGGUACUUUGCAACAUUCAUCGUCGUCAUGGGAGCUUUCACUGCUGUUCCAUUGAUGCUUAGUUGGAUCUCAAAGAACACACCUAACGAAUCUCAGCGAGCCGUCCAACUAGGCAUGCUCAAUGCAAUUGGUCAAUGUUUUUCGAUCCUUGCCGCAUUUAUCUUUCCGUCGAGUGAUCGUCCUUACUGGAAGCUGGGAUUUGGACUGAACUUGGCAUUCAAUGGUUUGUCUGCCAUUCUUGCUGCUAUACUCUACUGUCUCCUUCGUUACGAAAAUGCUCGUCGUGACAGAGUAGCAGAAUCGAACAGUGCAGAGACAACCGAUCCAUCUACCACUGUAACUACUGAUCUGGCUCCUACUUUUCGCUACAUACCGUGA